GCCACACAUGCACAAACCUGUUCAACAGUUCUACAACUACGUGUUAGUCCAGGUGUUUAAGUAAUAUUUUUAUGUUGUCUAAAAUUUUUAAUCGUUUAGGAUUUAGAAAUAUUAUAUAUUAGUUAACUUUUCUUAUGGACUUCUGUUUUCACCACGGUUAAACUAUGUUAACAAGGAUGAAUUCUGAAGUGUUUUUGCAAAUGGCGCCAAUACAGUCGGGAGAAACUGCGUAGUUGGAGAAAAUCUCAAGAUUUGGCUGCAACAAUAACUGCUACUACUGGUCGACUAACAGCAGCAAGGCUGAGAGAUCUGGCAAUUAUCAAGACAGUACCAUGGUAGUUAUAGUUCAUAGGCUGCUGCUUCUAGUGGUUGUACAGACAGUACUCACCUUGGGAGAAAAGACCACAACUUCUCCGCCCAUUCCUACACCCCAACCAAAGGAAUUAAAAUGCCCGACAAAUCAAUUUUUUCUCUACCCAUGCAAGUGUACAGCUGGUGGGCAAAGGGGAUUGUCUGUGUAUUGUGAAAAUGCAAAUCUAGCUAUGAUGGCUAUAGGACUGGGAAACGUGAAGCAGCCUUUUGAGGAUCUGGUUAUUUCAAAAUCUUAUAUUGUGAAAAUGUUUGGUGGUCUGCUUAACAACAUGACCGUGUACAACUUACAAAUUAUCUACAACAACAUAGAAGAAAUCUCAGAAAAUAUUACAAAAUCUAUAGGUGAAACCCUGGAGUCUUUGAAUUUAGAAGGCAACCUUUUAAGGGCUGUUCCUCUCUUAGCGAUUAGGAGGACACCAAAAAUAACCUCGUUGAAUCUGGCUUUCAACCAGAUUGAGAUAAUACCAAACCAGGUCUUUAGCCACUUACACCUUCUCAAAGAAUUACGCCUUGAUCAUAACCGAAUUAAGAAAAUUGAAGCCAGAGCCUUCACUGGUCUUUAUCAAUUGGUUCAUCUUCAUAUUCAAUUUAAUGAACUUAAAAGUUUUCAGAGAGCUGUUUUUACUCCCUUAAGAAAUGUAAAGUACUUAGAUAUUUCUCAUAAUAAAUUCACAACGUUUGGAAGAAGUGAUUUUAACGUGUUACGAAACUUGUGGUUUCUAAACUGCUCUAGCAACCAGAUCGAAAAACUUCCAUUGUCUAUGCUUGCAAGGAAUUCUUAUCUUCGCGUUUUCAACAUGUCAUUCAACAAACUGAACAAGAUCGACAAUUACAUGUUUCGAGGUGUGAGAUUUCUGCGUGAUGUGUACUUUCGAGGGAAUUUAAUAAACGAGAUCUCGAGAAGGGCUUUCUCUGUACCACGUCAUUUGAGAACUCUGGAUUUACAAGGGAACGUUUUGGACAGUUUGAACUAUGAUAUGUUCAGUGAAAUGAGAUGGCUUGAACAUCUUGAUUUGAGUUAUAACAAGUUAAAAAGAGUUGCCGGAGGGGCACUAAAGGAGAUGUAUCAGGUAAAUAUAGAUCUCAGUCACAAUCAGAUCACGCUAAUUGGUGAAAAGGCCUUUCAACAGCUAACGAACGUUUCGGUGUUCGAUUUAUCUCAUAAUAACCUUUCUUCUCUACCAGAUCAAAUGUUUUUUAAGUGUGACAUUGUUGAGCUUCGUCUAAACAACAACAAUAUAACAGAAAGCCAUCAAAUUCCUCUAUCCAACCUCACGGGGCUAAAAGUUGUGAAUGUCAGUCACAAUUCAUUAACUGGGUUGGAUAGAGUAUCUUUGACAACUAAGAAACUUUACGAAGUACACACUCUAGACCUGAGUUAUAAUAACAUUUCCCAAAUAUCAGGAAAUGUUUUCGAAAAAUUUGCCAGUAUAAGAUCUAUCUAUCUUCAGCAUAAUCAACUCCAGAAACUGGGUCAUGGCUCAUUUGGAAAACUGUCUACCUUGCUUGAGUUGGACGUGAGUUAUAACAACAUAUCGGAUGUUAGUCACGCGACCUUCACGAGACUGCUAUCUAUCCAAAGACUUUUUAUCAACAACAACCGGAUCAAGAAUAUGUUUGGUCUUCCAGUUGUCCUAAGCGAGAUUCACUUGGAAGAGAAUAAGCUGGAUCAUAUUAGUCCCGGGACAUUUCCUAUGAUGAACUCCCUGCUUCUAUUGUACUUAGAUCGUAACAAUCUGACUCAUCUCGAAAGAGGAUCUUUUCGACAUCUGUUAACAUUACGCACACUGUCUUUGGCCAAUAAUAAUAUCAAGGAAAUCCCUUGGCAAGCGCUGGAAGAUAUGAGUUCAUUGCAGAAUCUUUAUUUCCAGAACAACAGUAUAACCGUAUUAAAAAAAAAGGCUUUUGGCCGAUUGCCAAUUGUUUUCCAUUUACGUUUAGAAUUUAAUAAUAUUCAAAACGUAAGCGUUCACGCUUUUGAAGGAAUGCUGCAAUUAUUACAUUUAAAUAUGAGCUAUAACAACAUUACAGAUCUCCCACCCGAAGCUUUUAAGGGAUUAGUGUCUUUACGAAUUCUAGACCUCUCACACAAUCAUAUUUCAAAUCUAGAGAACAAAACUCACGGGGUUCUGGAUGACCUAUUAUCAAAUGAAAAAGUGAACUUGUCUUAUAACCGUAUCUCUUUCAUUACGGACAAAACAUUCCCGAAGUCCCCAUAUAUUCCGUAUAAGCUCAAACAUGUUGAUCUCAGCUAUAAUUUUAUUCCUGUAAUAACUGAAACUUUUGACGAUGGUCUAACACAAGUGGAAUAUCUCAAUUUAAGUCAUAAUACGAUCAAUGAUGUCAAACCAGGAAUAUUAGGUAACAUAACUCGCCUCCAGAUUUUGGACCUAUCGUACAAUCAAAUAAGAAAGAUCCCUAAUGGGGGUUUCGGAAACUUGCCAAAUUUAACGCUUCUCGAUCUUAGUAACAACAGGCUGGGGUCUAUCAGUGUUAAUGAACUUGUGGCCAUGCGUCAGCUAAAAACGUUGGAUCUCCGGAAUAACCAGAUGUUCUUCUUUUACGAAGAACUUUUACCGAAAAUGAAAGAAGGAUUUACUGUUUAUUACAGAGACAAUCCUCUACAUUGCGAUUGCCGUAUGAGACCUUUGAGAAACUGGAUUGGUAGUCAAACAAAUGUGUCAGAAUGGGAACACGUACUGUGUCAAGAACCACCAUUACUGGCCAGCAAGUCUGUCGUAUCGUUGAAAGAAUCAGAGCUCCAGUGUAAAGGGGAUUCAAACCUUGGCUUUCAACCGAAACCAGAUCUCAAAUUUCGGGGAUUAGAGCACAAACAGCCUGGUUCUGUGCGUUUUGUAUGGUACGUUGUCACUAGGGAGGAUGUGGCUGGAUUUAGAGUUGUCAUCCGCCAGGAGGCGACGGGUAAUGAGUACACGCACUUUAACCUUCCUUACGAACUUCGAGAAUAUACUGUAGAUAAUCUUAAGCCUAAAUUCAGCUACCAAAUCUGUUUGGUUGCAGUAGAUUCCCGUGAUAUUCAGCGUACUAGUUUUCCCUCACAAUGUGUAUCCACUGGCAUUCUGAAGUCUAGUGCGAUGAAGAGAGCGUUUGUACUUUCAUACCUGCUCUGUUACGCCGCAGUGACUAUUAUAUUCUUACUUAACUUUAUCAAUACUUGUGGUUUGAUUUAUGAUUAAACAGAGAUACUCACAACUAUUCUUAAUCUAUAAUUAAAUUGUAAAAAUCUGCGUUGAAAAAUAGUGUUUGAUAAAAAGUUAUCAGGUAUACGAAGAAACAAGAAGUGUAACUGAAUAAAGAUGAUUCUAUUUUCA